AUCUAUAAAAAGUAGUUCAAACAAAACUUGUAUCAUAACUGAAAAUCUGGAGAGGGAGCCACAAACGCACAACCGAAACUUAGCUCGUUUCUGCACAACUGAUCUGAAAGUACGCGAUCAAGAUGUUCAACCUUUCCGCUGUCGGGAUGCUCUUCGUCUGUCUCGCAGGGAUCUGUCCCCAACUUUCCCUUUGUUGCCCGAAGCCGCAAACGACGAGCCCACCGACGAGCCCACCGCCGGGCCCACCACCGUGCCGGGGUUGGGAUGACUGGGGUGUGUGGACCGAGUGUAACGCACCAUGCGGCACCGGGGAGAGGACCCGAACCCGGGUCUGCCCGUGCGAUACGCGCACGCAGUGCUCAGGCGGAAGCACCGAGUACAACAGGUGUGAGAUCAUGCCCUGUGUCCCCGCAGCAGCGCCAACGUUGCAACUUACUGGAGGGUCAUUCUCGGCAAGCACAGAGAAUAUGACAGCGAAAACAACAACGAGCAUGUCAGUGACGUGACACAUAUCAUCAUUCAUGAAAACUACAACGACGAAACCACUGACAACGACAUCGCCGUCAUGGUGCUUGCUAGUCAACCACCAGAGGAAAGUCGAUUCAUCAACUCAGUGUGUUUGGACGCGGAUGUCAGUGCGGGCUUCGACGUCACCUCCGAGUGUUUCAUCGUUGGGUUCGGCGCAAUAAAGGAGGAUGGUAACACUGCUGAUGUUCUUCAAGAAGCGAUGGUACCCCUCGUGGAAAUCAGAGAUUGCAUAAAAGCUUACCCCAGAGACAUUUCGUACAAUAUGAUCUGUGCAGGAUACAUGAAAGGAGGGAUUGACGCCUGCCAGGGUGACUCCGGCGGUCCAUUGGUGUGCAGUAGACGGGAUGAGUCAGCGAACGUUGAGCGGUGGUAUCUGACGGGGAUCACGAGCUGGGGCAACGGGUGUGCCAGACCGAACUAUCCCGGUGUUUACACCAAAGUGGCUCGUUACGGAGACUGGCUCGAAAACGUCUUUGCAUCACACAGUGGGAAAUAGUUUAAUCCCAAAACAUGACAAAAUGUCAUAAUGUCUAAACUAUCAUUAAUGCCUUUGCUCUUUAAAUUUAUUUCUUUCAAAUACCUUUGGGUUUUCUAGAUGGAAUAUUAGAUGGAGUUUAUUCUUAAAAAUGAUUAUUUAGCCUAAAAGUCUUAGUCUAUCAAGUAAUAUGCCUAAGCCACUGUGGAAACUGACUGGGUGAAACGGGACUUUGGCUCCGGCUUGUUAGGAUCAGUCCGCCUGAUUGAAUCCCUGUCCAUACCGCAGGUGCACGUUUUCAAUAUAACUGGUGUAGCCUUUAGCCGUAGCCAAAGCUGAGACAGUGAUUUCGAAAAGGCCUUAGACCUCUAGAUAGCGGAGGGCGCCCUGGAGUAUUUUCGUUCGCAAGGCAGCCAUCAAAUUUAAUCAAGACAAUCCUAGGAUUGUUCUGGUCUUCGAAAGAUCUCAUUCGAUUGAUUGAAUUCGGAAAGCAUAUUGACCCUAAAGUUUUUUAACACCAAUGUCAAUCACAAAUAGAAAUGUUUCGUAUGAAAAACUUUCAUUUUAUAGUUUGUCUCUAAUGUUUCCGUAAUGUUUUUGGUUGUCUUUAAAGCAUGACCGAAUAAAUACAUAAAUAAACAAAUGAGAUACGAAUAGAGCCUAAAACAUAUGAUAGACUAUAAUAAAGCUCAACCAAACAGUUCCAGAAACAAAUGGCAUUGCAUUGACUCACAAGAUAAAAAAAAACAAGUAAUCAGUUGUUGACCGGUGCAUGGGACAACAAGUUAUAUCAUUUUCCAGUCCAAAAUGUCUGUCCAAUGCUUGCAUCGAAGCUCGGUGUUCCCAGAACGUACACUGUAAACAAAAAUCCGUAAUAACAUACGGUGCUUUACCUGGC